AUGGUUUAUGGUGAAUUUUUCCAUAGACCUGGGAAAGAUGAGGAACUUAUCCACUUGAAUGUGGGUGGCUUUAAGCAAUCAGUUGAUCAAAGUACUUUGCUCCGAUUUCCCCAGACCAGACUUGGAAAACUGCUCAAAUGCCAUUCUGAAGAGGCUAUCCUGGAACUGUGUGAUGAUUACAGUGUUGCAGACAAGGAAUAUUACUUUGAUAGGAACCCUUCUUUGUUUAGAUAUGUUUUGAAUUUUUACUAUACAGGCAAACUGCAUGUCAUGGAGGAACUUUGUAUCUUCUCCUUCUGCCAGGAAAUAGAGUACUGGGGGAUCAACGAGCUGUUCAUUGAUUCUUGCUGUAGCAAUAGGUAUCAAGAAAGAAAAGAAGAAGGUCAAGAUAAGGACUGGGAUCAGAAAAGCAAUGACAGAAGUAUAGACUCUUCCAAUGAAGAAUCAUCCAUAUUUGAUAAAGAGCUGGAGAAAUUUGAUAAGCUGUGGCUUGGUGAAAUACGAAAGAAAGUAUGGAUCAGAAUGGAAAACCCUGGGUACUGCUUAUCAGCCAAGUUAAUUGCAAUUUCCUCCCUGAGCGUAGUGCUAGCAUCAAUUGUAGCCAUGUGCAUCCACAGCAUGCCAGAGUUCCAAAGGUGGGAUGCCAAUGACAGAGAGAUUGAGGACCCUGUUUUGGAAGCCGUGGAGAUAGCGUGCAUCGUCUGGUUCACCGUUGAGUUAGUGAUAAGGCUCGCCGCAGCUCCAAGUCUAAAGAAGUUCUGGAAAAACCCUCUGAAUGUCAUAGAUCUUGUCUCUAUUAUUCCAUUUUAUGCUACCUUGGCUGUGGACACAAAGGAAGAAGAAAGCGAAGACAUUGAGAAUAUGGGGAAAGUGGUUCAGAUCCUACGGCUAAUGAGGAUAUUUCGCAUCCUGAAACUGGCAAGGCACUCUGUAGGACUGCGGUCUUUAGGUGCCACUUUGAGACAUAGUUACCACGAAGUUGGACUUUUGCUUUUGUUUCUAUCUGUCGGGAUUUCUAUAUUCUCAGUUUUGGUCUACUCAGUGGAAAAAGACGACGAUGAGUCAGAACUGCACAGCAUCCCAGUCUGCUGGUGGUGGGCAACUAUCAGCAUGACCACUGUCGGCUAUGGAGACACUUUCCCAGUCACCUUACUGGGGAAGUUCAUUGGUAGCAUUUGUAUUCUCUGUGGAAUAUUAGUGGUGGCCCUUCCAAUCACUAUAAUUUUCAACAAGUUUUCUAAAUACUAUCAAAAGCAAAAGGAUAUUGAUGUAGACCAGUCCAACAAUGAUCACAAAGAGAAAUGUAAUGAGCUACCUUAUUUUAACAUUAGGGAUAUUUAUGCAAAAAGGAUGCACUCCUUCAUUUCUAGCCUUUCUUCAGUAGGAAUUAUAGCCAGCGAUCAAGAUUCAACAGACGCCUCCAGCAUCCAAGAUAUUGAGGAUGUUUAUAACAUGACAUCUGUAGAGAAUGGUACUGGAAAAUGA